AUGAACAACAUAAAAGUGGAAAAGGAUCUACCAGAAAAUUCCAACACUAGCAGAAAACGACAACAUGAGACAGAGCCACAAACUCCGCGAGAGAAGAAGAAACUGACGUUAGAUGAGCAGUACGAAAAGCUGAUCAAGAUCAAGCUGCGAUUUGUUGAAGAGAACAAAGGUGAGAUACCCGCUCUCCAUUUCGCGGCAAGGGUGUCCGAUGUAGACGUUUGUCGGCGCCUCGUGGAGCAGGGCGCCGACGUCAACGAAAAAUACGGCGUUCGAGGCGCCACUCCCCUGCACUACGCCGCUAUGAACGCAUCCCACGGAGAAGGUCUAAUCGAUUAUUUCCUUGCAAAAGGGUGCGACAUUGAUACAGAAGAUGCUCUUCAUGAUAAAGCUAUCAAGUAUGCCCUCCGAGUUGAAAAUUUCAAGCUUGCAAUGCGAAUGCACAAGCUCUCAGAAAAACGCAAAGCGUGCGAGUUUGGAGAUCUGGAGAUGUGCAAGUGGUUGCUGGAAGAGGCCAAAAUUGACGUCAACAAGGUUGAUAUGAAAGACCAAGUUCUUGGUAAAGCUGCCAGGAACCGCAAAAAUGAAGCUAAAGAGGCAGAAGAGUUGUUCAAGAGAGUUGCUGACACAAAGAUCAAAAUAGAGGGCAACAGUUUGUUGCACCAUUGUUUUUCAAAGACUCUGCUUAGUUUAGACGCUGCAAAAUUCGUGCAUGAAAAGGACGGAGACCUCAUCAAUGAGAUCAAUGAAGACGGAAAUAAAAUUCUCCACCUCGCAGCGAGGAAUGUAAACGUCGAAAUGUGUCAGUGGCUGGUGGAUCAGGGCCAAGACAUCAACGCCGUGAACAAACAAACCUUUGCCAACUUUCUCCACUACGCUGCUCAAAACAGAUUUUUUGGAGAUUCGAUCAUUCAAGAAUUUGGACAUAAUUUGCGCGGAAUCGUGAACCAAAUCGACGAAAACGUCUACACUCCACUCCAUUACGCCAUACUCAACGAAAGACAACACGACAAGGUUGCAGAGGCUUUGCUUGAACUCGGUGCUGAUUUGCGCGUGAAAAGGAAAGGAAACAACUUCCUUCACUUCUGCAUCUAUAUGGGCAAGUUGGAAAGUGCAAAAUUCGUGCAUGCCGAGGAUAAAAAUCUGAUGAAGCAAAGGGGAGAGGAAGGCAAAACCACACUUCACAUCGCUGUUGAGCACUUUGAUGAAGAAAUAUGCGCAUGGCUUGUGAAAGAGGGGUGUGAUCCCCGAGAAUUGACCGUCGGAGGAAAAUCUGUGCUAGAAUCCACUUCCGGUGAGGAGGCCAAGAAGUUUCUCCUAUCUUUGAAUACAACCAAGAAGUAG